UAUCUCUCUCUGGAAUGAGCAUCCCAGGAUCAUUCCCGGCCUCAACUAUUAUAUGCCAGCUCAACAACCUUGUUUCAAUCAAUUUCAGUUCCAAUAGUCUCUGGGGAACUAUACCAGCUAACCUCUCCAGCUGCUCAAAGCUUGAAACCUUGGAUCUAUCCACAAAUCAUUUGGCAGGAAAAAUAGCAGGUGAGUUGUUUUCCAUGAAAACCCUGCGUAGUUUAAAUCUUCAACACAACAUGUUUUCCGGUGAGAUAUCAACACCCAUGGUGGCUUAUAGUUUGGAGUCUCUUGAUCUUUCAAGUAACCAUUUGAAUGGAUCAAUACCUGCUACAUUGUUGCGGUUGCAUCAACUCUCUCAUCUUUCACUUGCCUCAAACAAUUUGACUGGUGAAAUUCCUGCUAGAUUAUUUGACUUGCUUAGUCUGAGUAGCAUAGAUCUUUCUCAUAAUCAUCUGAGUGGAAGUAUUCCAAGAGGCUUUGGAGAACUACAUCAAUUGCAGAAUAUUGAUGUAUCAUAUAACAAAUUUUCCGGAGACAUAUGUGAAUCUGUUAGCCAUAUGUGGGAUGCGAGACUAACCCUUAGGAUGUGCAAGAACCACUUUUCUGGGAGAAUACCUUACGAGCUAGUAAAGCUAAAAUUUGUGGACACAUGCCUUGAUCAUGUGAAUUUAUGUUCAGAACAGCUGUUUUCUAGCUCUGAACAAAUGGUUAUGGAACUCCCAACAUGCCCUUCCCAAAGCUUUUCGGGAUUAUACAAUUCCACUGCACAUAAACUGCAGAAGUUCCAAUGAGCUAAGUAAAUCAAACAAAACCCAACCUUCGAAACCAAAUCAUACGAGGAUUGUAACUUGUGUCGUGAUUGCAGCGGCAGUAGUACUCAUCAUUGGGAUAGGAAUUCUGAUACUGGUGUUCAGACCUAGGGUGGGAAGGAGAAAACAAAGUGAUGGAGAAGAAUGGAGUAUGAUUUCAUUUCAAAGGUUGGAAUUCAAUAAAUGGGAUAUUUUGAGUGGUUUGAUAGAUGAAAAUUUGAUUGGAAAUGGAGGGUCAGGAAAAGUAUAUAGAGUGAUUACCAAGAAAGGCCAAAGAGUUGCUGUUAAAAGUAUAAGGCAUGAACAAAAGCAAGGGCAUGGAUUAAUGGAGAAACAGUUCAUAGCAGAGGUUAAGAUCCUUGGGGGAAUUUGGCACAACAACAUAGUGAAAUUGCUAUGCUGCAUCAGAGGAAAGACGACAAAGCUUCUUGUGUAUGAAUACAUGGACAAACAAUGCCUUCAUAAAUGGUUGCAUGGAAAGAAGAAAGGCUUAACUACUCAAGUCUUGAACUGGGAGACAAGACUAAAAAUUGCCAUUGGAGCUGCACAAGGCCUCUGCUAUAUGCAUCAUGAUUGCAGUCCACCCAUUGUUCAUCGAGAUAUCAAAUCCAGUAACAUACUCGUCGACUCUGACUUCAAUGUCAAGAUUGCAGACUUUGGACUGGCAAAGAUGAUGGCGAGUGAAGGAGAUCCAGAAACAGCAUCUGCUAUUGUGGGAACCUUUGGUUACAUUGCCCCGGGUACAUUUUUUU